CUGUAACUUGACUAAGCAGGACAUUAUAAGAGGGUCCCUAUAUGUAUUAUACUGUACCUCUCUAGGUGGGUCCUAACAUAAGAAAAGUUUGUGAACCUCUGCUCUAAAGAGUUGGAAGUGUUCAAGGUACCUUUAAUGCAAAACAGCUACACAUGCAUGAAGCCAAUAAAACCCAAUGUCAUCCUUGUUUAUAAUGGAAAACCAUAUUAUUAUAUCACAUUGAAUAUAAAUAUUCAUAUUAGUUUUUGCACUCAUGGAAGUAAUGUUUAAAGAGGUACUAGUCCAAAAAGCUAGAUAACCAUGGCACAAUUAUUAAUUAAAAAGCUUUUUUUUUUUUUUUUUUUUUUUUUUUGUCUCACAGCUACAUACAAAAAGUUACGAUAUCUCUCCUACACGUUCAGCAUAAGCCUUCCUCAGGGAGAGUCACAUGACAGCUGAUAGCUGAUGAUGUGAUUUACUGAAUAAAUAAUAUUACUGUUACCUGUGAAAAGUUUCUGUGUUACUCUCCAACAUUGGUCAUUGUUUAGGGUAUACUUGAAAACUUCAUACUUUGUAGGUCUCAGACUUUGUUGGAUUAAUGCAUUUGCAGAUUGUUCAAGAGAAAGGGAAGUAUUUAUUAAUUAAUUAAUAAUUAAUUAAUCUAUCUAUCUAUCUAUCUAUCUAUCUAUCUAUUUACUUACUUACUUACUUACUUACUUACUUAUUAUUAUUAUUAUUAUUAUUAUUAUUAUUAAUGGGUUAGUCCAACCAAAAAUUGAAAUGUCAUAGUUUACUAAACUUCAUGUUGUGCCAAAACCCAAACAGUUAAGGAAGUUCUACUUUGUACCAUAAAUAUAAUGUUGAAUAGUAACUCAUUAACUAGAUUUUUGAAGGUAAAUGCCCCUUGCCCUUUAAAGAUUUUUAAAUGAACCUUCACUCAUAUGCAGUAUAUUUAAAUAUCUGUUGGCAAGAAAUGGCAAAGACAAAGGCUGUGCUUGUCGUUGGAUGACGGACUCCUUUCAACAAACGUUAACCUGGUUGAUUUUCCAUUAUACACAAUGAUGGGUACUAUGAAUGGACAGGAUUUUCAUGUGCUUGGGCCAAUCAUGCUAACCCUUCUGCUGAUGACUGUCCCAGUUGUUCAAAGCGGGAAGGUUCUUGUCUUUCCUGUGGAUUGCAGUCAUUGGGUCAACAUGAACAUCUUGGUUGAAGCACUUCAUGCCAAAGGUCACAAUGUUACAGUCAUUCGGAUGGCAGACAGCUGGUACAUCAAAGAAUUCUCUCCUCACUACACAUCAAUCAAUCUCAAGUCUAAUGGAGGAUUUGGUGAAGAAUUCCUGGAGAUGUUUGCAUCCAGACUUAUGGAGAUUCUGAGGGAGGGUUCGAUCUGGGCUCGUCUGAAGCUGGAGAUAGAUUCGUGGCAAAAUUUUUUAGGGAUGCUUGAAGUAGAAAACAAGAUGAUAAUCGACAUGUUUGAAGACCAGCAGAUAAUGGAGUCUUUAAAAGAUGCCAAAUAUGAUUUGAUUCUUACAGAUCCAGUCAAGUUUGGAGGCGUUCUGUUGAGUCAUUAUCUCAAACUGCCCAUUGUCUACAAUGUCCGUUGGACUGUUUACAGUGAGGCUCAUUUUACAAUAGCUCCUUCUCCACUUUCUUAUGUUCCUGCUCUAAUGGUGGAGUUAUCAGACCGCAUGAAUUUCUUGGAAAGAGUGAAGAAUGUUUUGAUGUACAUCAUAACUGAAACACAAAUUGCUUUUAUGAUUGCUCCAACUUAUAAUGCACUUUGCGAACGGUUCAUUGGCCCAGGAACAUCCUACCUUUCUUUAAUUCAAAGUGCUGAUCUGUGGCUCCAUAGAGUUGAUUUUGUUUUUGAAUUCCCGCGUCCCACUAUGCCAAACAUCGUUUACAUGGGAGGUUUUCAGUGCAAGCCAUCAAAACCUCUUCCACAAGAUCUGGAGGACUUUGUGCAGAGCUCUGGAGAGCAUGGUGUCAUCAUCAUGUCUCUGGGCACUGUCAUUAGUCAGCUUCCUGAUGAUGUGGCAGAGGCAAUUGCUGAAGCUUUUGCAGAACUUCCACAGAAGAUCAUCUGGAGGUACAAAGGGAAGAGACCAUCUGCUCUAGGGAACAACACCUUAAUGAUGGACUGGAUGCCUCAGAAUGAUCUUCUGGGUCAUCCGAAGACCAGAGCCUUUGUGGCACACGGAGGAACCAAUGGAAUUCAAGAAGCCAUCUACCACGGGGUACCAAUCAUUGGGUUUGGGCUGAUUUUUGACCAGCCUGAUAAUCUUGCAAAGAUGAGAGUAAAGGGUGUAGCCAAGACUGUAGACUUUGCCACAGUGGAUAAGGACUCCUUCCUUAAAACUGUCAAAGAGGUCCUUUAUGAGCCCUCUUAUCGGGAGAACAUGCAGAGGCUCUCAAGGCUUCACAAGGACGUCCCAGUGAAGCCUCUGGACAACGCCAUCUUCUGGAUUGAGUUUGUUAUGAGGCACAAAGGUGCCGCUCAUUUGCGCACAGAGUCGUACAAAAUGCCCUGGUACUCUUAUCACUCUGUUGAUGUCAUGCUGUUCCUGCUUUCUGCUGUGGCACUCAUAAUCAUGACUAUAUAUGCAGUUAUCAGGUAUUUCUGCUGCAGAAUAUGCAUGAGAAAAACAAAAAACAAACUUGAAUGAAUGUUGUUUUUAUAAUUAUUAUUAUUAUUAUUUAUUUUUUGCAAAUUAAAUUAAUUCAACAAUAUGUUUUCAAUUUGGUGGGUUACACACUACAAAUCCUGUAACAAAUCUGUACAUUAGAAUGUAUAUGAAACACUUUCUUUAUUGUUUCUUUAUACUGUACCUCUCUAGGUGGGUCCUAACAUGAAAAAAGUUUGUGAACCUCUGCUUUAAAGAGUUGGAAGUGUUCAAGGUACCUUUAAUGCAAAACAGCUACACAUGCAUGAAGCCAAUAAACCCAAUGUCAUCCUUGUUUAUAAUGGAAAACCAUAUUAUUAUAUCACAUUGAAUAUAAAUAUUCACAUUAGUUGUUGCAUUCAUGAAAGUAAUGUUUAAAGAGGUAGCCUACUAACUAGUCCAGAAAGCUAGAUAACCAUGGCACUCUUAUUCAUUAUAAAGCACCUUUUGUCUCACAGCUACAAAAAUGUAUUUUUUCUUUUCAACAAUAUGUAACAACACUGAAGUAAAGUUGGUUG